CUGCGGAGCAGCCGAAGCUGAAACGUAGGGCAAAAUAAAAGCACCGGAAACAACGAGAGCCAUGCGCCUUAACUUGUAGAAGGCCCAUGACUUGCCUACUUCCCGCACAACUGGGUUUCUGAGACUAUCAUUCUAUCAUUCUUCUUCUUCUUUCCAUUUCUUCUUCGUCGUUAACCUUAGCCUCUCUUCAGUCUCAUUUGGAACCUUCGGCGAGAUUUUUACGAUACAAUGGCAAAGAGGAGUCGCUCCGAGAAAGGACUGCCACUUCAGAGCCAGAAUCCCACAGUUGACGAGCCCACACGGAUUCGACUUAACCAGAUAUUACAGGAGUUUAAGAACUCUAAUGAAAAAGAAUACAAGUUUGAUGCCACUUUAUCCAAAAAUGAACGUGCUUUAGUGCACCAAAUAUCCCAAAAAAUGGGUAUGAAAUCCAAAAGUUCUGGGACAGCAAAACAACGUCAAAUAUCCGUCUUCAAAACUGUACAUAAGGUUGACGCUGAUACAGGAUUAGAAAAUCUUCCGUAUUUUGCAUUUUCCGAAGAGGCACAAGCGGUACUAGGGGUUCUAUAUGCCCAUCAUCCACCUGGUGAUGGACAGUUGGUGGAAGAGAUGGAUAGAAGACAUAAUGACAAAACUGAUAAAACAAGACAAAUUAAAGAUGAUACUUUCAGCAAGCCAUCCAUGAGCAAAGCUGAAAUCAGUGAGAAAUUGGAAGCAUUUUCUUCUAGAAUGAACAAAACCCCCGCCAAACGAAAGAUCACAGCACAGAGGUCUAAGCUUCCAAUUGCAGCAUUCAAGGAUGUGAUCACAUCAACUGUCGAAUCUCACCAGCAGGUAGUUCUCAUAUCCGGUGAGACUGGUUGUGGAAAGACCACACAGGUCCCACAAUAUAUUUUGGAUCAUGCGUGGGGUAAGGGUGAGGCAUGUAAAAUAGUUUGCACUCAACCUCGACGUAUCUCUGCAAUGUCAGUUGCUGAGAGAAUUGCUAGUGAGAGAGGUGAGACCAUUGGAGAAAAUAUUGGUUAUAAGAUACGGUUGGAAAGCAAAGGUGGAAAGAAUUCAUCAGUCGUGCUAUGUACAACUGGAAUUUUGCUGAGGGUCCUGUGCUCGUUUUCCAAAUGUUUGAGUAGAUCAAAUACAGGAACCAUGAAGAAUAAUGAAUUCGAGAUCACUCACAUAAUUAUGGAUGAAAUUCAUGAAAGGGAUCGGUACUCAGACUUCAUGAUGGCAGUUGUUAGAGACAUGCUCCCUUCACACCCACACCUUCGCCUGAUACUAAUGAGUGCUACCAUUGACGCUGAAAGAUUUUCCCAAUAUUUUGGUGGCUGCCCAGUUAUCCUUGUUCCGGGGUUUACUCAUCCGGUCAGAACUUUCUAUCUGGAGGAUGUUCUUUCUAUUGUCAAAUACAAAAAAGAAAAUCAUCUUGAUAAUGCUUUAUUAAAUAAUGUGACUGACAACAAUGAUUUAAGCAAGGAUGAUAAAGUUUCUCUUGAUGAAGCUAUUCAUUUGGCUUGGUCCAAUGAUGACUGCGAUCCUCUCUUGGAGCUGGUUACUUCUAAAGGAUCCCCAAAGAUCUUUAAUUACCAGCAUUCAUUGACUGGCCUUACACCAUUAAUGGUGUUUGCUGGAAAAGGAAGAGUGGGUGAUAUGUGUGUGCUGUUAUCCUUUGGGGCAGACUGCCAUUUAAGAUCCAAAGCAGGAGUGACGGCACUGGAGAUUGCUGAGCAGGAAAAUCAGCGGGAAACUGCAGAAAUUUUAAAGAAACACAGAGAUUCUGCAUCUUCAAACUCCAUGGAAGGGCAGAAGUUACUUGAUAAAUAUCUUACAACAGUCAACCCUGAAAUUGUCGAUGUUGUUCUGAUAGAGCAGCUGAUACGAAAAAUAUGUAUGGACUCAAAGGAUGGAGGAAUCCUUGUUUUCCUUCCAGGUUGGGAUGAAAUAAAUAGAACUCGUGAAAGAUUACUCCAAUCCCCAUUUUUCAAUAAUUCAAGGUUUACCAUUAUGUCUCUGCAUUCAAUGGUUCCAGCAAAGGAGCAAAAGAAGGUUUUUUUGCACCCACCUCCUGGUUGCCGCAAAAUUGUUCUUUCAACCAAUAUUGCUGAGACUGCCAUAACUAUUGAUGAUAUUGUCUAUGUCAUAGACACUGGGCGGAUGAAAGAAAAAAGUUAUGAUCCAUAUAGUAAUGUUCAAACUCUUCAAUCAUCUUGGGUUUCAAAGGCAAGUGCUAAGCAACGUGAAGGGCGUGCUGGCCGCUGUCAGCCUGGAAUUUGCUAUCAUUUGUAUUCUAAGUAUCGAGCGGCUUCCUUGCCCGAUUUUCAGGUUCCUGAAUUAAGAAGAAUGCCUAUUGAAGAGCUUUGUCUGCAGGUGAAAAUGAUUGAUCCAAGCUGCAAGUUAGAAGAAUAUUUAUCGAAGACACUAGAUCCUCCUGUUUUUGAGUCUAUACGAAAUGCCGUCGCAGCUCUUCAAGAUAUUGGGGCAUUAUCAAUUGAUGAAGAGCUCACGGAGUUAGGAGAGAAGCUUGGCUCUCUUCCUGUUCACCCCUUAACAUGCAAGUUAAUUUUCUUCGCUAUAUUGAUGAAUUGCCUUGAUCCAGCAUUAACUCUAGCAUGUGCUUCUGAUUAUAGAGACCCAUUCACCAUUCCCUUGUCGCUUGGGGAAAAGAGGCUAGCUGCAGAUGCGAAGGCUGAGCUUGCUUCUUUGUAUGGGGGGUAUGGUGAUCAACUUGCUGUAAUAGCUGCAUUUGAAUGUUGGCAUAAUGCAAGAACAAUGGGUCUAGAGUCAUGGUUUUCUUCUCAAUACUUCGUGUCCCUCACCACAAUGCAUAUGUUACAUGGCAUGCGGAGACAACUCCAAACUGAAUUGAUUCGAAGUGGGCUUAUUCAAGGUGAUGUUUCAAGAUACAAUGUUAAUUCACACAACCCUGGUAUACUCCAUGCAGUAUUGGUUGCAGGUUUGUAUCCAAUGGUUGGAACAUUGAUUACGCCCAAAGGUGCAAAGAGAGUUGUUGUGGAGACUGCUAGUGGUCAUAAAGUUCGGUUGCAUCAACACUCUGUAAAUUAUAAGUUGCAGUCAAAGGUAGCUGUUGGCCGCCCAUUAGUCGUGUUGGAUGAGAUUACCCGUGGUGAUGGUGGUAGUAUGUGCACAAGAAACUGUACGCUUGUUGGAUCACUUCCGCUCUUACUGCUUUCAGGAGAGAUUGCUGUUGCUCCAGCAGAGGAUAAUAUUGAUGACCCCAAUGGUGAGGAUGAUGACGAAGGUAGUGAAUCUGAUGGUGCGACUGAAGAUGACAUUGAGUUCGAUAACAAGCCCGGUGAGCAUUGUGAAAAUAAGUCCUGUGAACAGGGUGAAGAUAAGGUGAUGUCUUCUCCGGAUAAUGCAGUUAGAGUCAUCAUGGAUCGAUGGCUUUAUUUUGAAUCAAGGGCACUGGAUGUUGCGCAGUUAUAUUGCUUGAGGGAGCGAUUGUCAGCAGCAAUAUUACACAAAGUAUCACAUCCCAGGGAACCCCUUCCUCCCGCAUUAGAAGCCUCUGUAAAUGCUAUAGUGCACAUUCUGUCUAGUGAUGGUCUCUUAGGCAUGCCAGAUCAGUUCUCAAAGAGUGGUGGCGCAAUGGCAAGUCUUGAGGUUCCACUGGUUUCUGCUCAAACUCAAACAAGCCAAAAGAAAUCUCUCUCUCUUUCUUCAUGCCGUCCUUCAAAUGGGAAUUUGGAGAAUCAUGCACCAAAUAGCCAACAUGUAUCCUCUCGCAGGUGAAAAUGGAGGUGGAAUCUUUUUGGGAUGGUGAUUGGAUAUUUUGAUCACAGGAAUAUCUGUAUUUCCUCUUGCUGCAUGCCGUUCCUCAAAUGGGAAUUUGGAGAAUCAUGCCCCAGAUAGCCGACUUUUAACUCGCAAGUGAAGAUGGAGGUGGGAUCUUUUUGGGAUGGUGAUUUGAUAUUUUGGUUACGGGAACAUCUGUAGGGACAUUGAACUGUUGUUAACUAGCUAGUUUUAACAUGGACUCUUUGGUCAGAAAAUGUUAUACAAAUUCAAUCAUACGUGAAAGUUUCAGUCAGGGUCCCACAUAAAUUUUACAUUGAUCC